AUGUCAUCCAUUCCGUCUAUCGAUCUGACACUCGAAGACUCAGAAACAGAACUGAGCCCCAGCAAGCGUUCUGUUAACGAUAUCAAAGGUGUUGAUCAUUUGCAAUCUUCGCGACCACUCAACCUAAAAGGAAGUGAUGACAUACCUUCACGUAUACAAGGCAACCAUAAUGCGAAUUCAACUACAGUACGACUUCCUGGACUUUCAAGAAUGCCAAGCCUUUCACGUUACUCAUCUGGCAAUAUGGAUUUGGAGAAUAAGGGCUAUAGACUAGAUCCUUCACUGGACACGCCACCUUUGACACAAAACAGCAAACGGCCAAGCAUAUCUCUGAACUCUCCUUUGAAAACUCCAGUGUAUAUAAGGCCUGGAGACUCUCACACGUAUAAAAGGUUAAAGAUAGAUACCCAAGAGGAUGCUUUGAAUGCACAGUUCGAACAUCAUACAAGCGACCAAACCGAGCCCCAGGAGCACAAAAGGAAAGAACCAAAUCAUGAAUCUUUCAGUACAGAUGAUUUUGUGACCCCUCAGAGUCCCAAGUUUCCCGACGAUAUCCUCGAAAACCAUAAAACAACACCUAUCACUUCUCAUGAAGAAGACCGAGACGGUGAAUUCACGGAUGACCAAGAUAAUGCUUUACAUGAAACGGUCGAAUACUAUGACUUAGAUGAUCAGAAGGAUGAGAAUAUCAAGUCGAGUUCAAAUAUACAAAAUCAACUUGUAAUAGGAUCCUCUCCCAGAAAUAGUGAAUUGGAUUCCUUUCAUUCGGCAAGACAAUCUCCAAGGCCUCAAAACUUCGAAAAUGAAAUCUUGAAACACGAUGGACCAAUUAAUAAGGAAAGUUCACCCAUUAUAAUCCUGAGCGAUGACGAAGAUAAUAAAUCCACUUCUUAUGGAGACCAAAGUUCAGCAGAUAAACCUAACAAUUCAAAUAUUUUAAACAAAGCUCCAGACGCCGAAACAGCAAGAGCUGCUUUCGAAAGACUCGCCAGGGAAAUGAUGGAAAAGGAAAGAGAAUUGACCAAUCUCCAGAAUACCUACAGAGAUACCAAGACUAUUCUGCAACGUAAACUUACGAAAAGAGAAGCACUAAUCAAGGAAUCUGAGAGCAAGCUAGAUUUGCUAUUAAAGAGUUUAGAUAAUUCACAAUCAUCCAAUAAGAGACUAUUGAUCGAUCGAACCGCAGAAGAUACCAAGUCGCUUAAGGAAAAGAAAACAAAAACGCUUUUGAAAUUACGUGAAGUCGAACGUAAAGAGUCUCUUCUAAAAGAAAAAUUUGUGGACUUCGUUAAUUUCAGGAACUCAAAGAUGCAGCAAUCUCAAGUUGAAUUGCAAAAUGCAAUCAAAGACCAGGCCAACACAAACAAUAUACAAUCGCGCGGUGAGCUGAUACAAGAAAGAAGUCGGACAGAAUCAAUGUAUAGAGAAGGUUCAAUAGACGAGGAACGGUAUGCACUCACAAUGAGUGAAAUAAAUGCAAAGCUCAAUAGGCUCAACACAUCGAAUACCGUCCAAAAUGGAUCAGCCACCUCGUUAUUUUUCAAGUCUAUUGAGGUGGCUAGAGACUUGAUUCAGAAAAAUACAGUACGCUCACUUCAAAAUAAAAAUCUGAUGAAUUACCUACUGAGAAUUGUAGAGAAAUUCAAAAAGGACUUUGACCAGGGCGUACUGUAUAAGGCCUCUAAAAAAAGAAGGGUUGAAAAUGCUAUCGUUGAACUUCAAAAACAUGGUGUUAAGAUGCCGGCUGUCUCCAAGUACCUUGAAACUUUGGGGUUCAUUGUUGAUCCUGAUUUCUAUGAUAGAAUGAAACAGGCGAGAAGUGGACACAAUUAUUCAGAUGAUGACUUCAUACCACCUGAAGAAAUGGGUGAAAAUGCUAUGGGCGAUGAUUCUAUAUUGGGUGCAAUAAAGUCGCAACACGGUCAAGUUACCUAUAAUAGUUUACAGCUCUCAAACAUUUAUACCGCUCAGGAUAACGAAAGUUUACACAAGCUUCUAGAAGAUUUGAAAAAAACCGAAACUGAAGUUAAGGGAGAAGAGCUAACACCACCAGAGCUUACCGUAAAUCUAAUGACGCAUCAAAGACAAGGUCUCCAUUGGCUAUUGGAGGCUGAAAAUUCCAGCAAAAAGGGAGGAUUGUUAGCGGAUGAUAUGGGUUUGGGUAAAACUGUACAGGCCAUUGCACUGAUGCUUAGAAACAGAUCGGAGUUGGAAAAAUGUAAAACUAAUCUAAUAGUUGCGCCGGUUGCUGUACUGAGAGUUUGGCAAGCAGAGAUCAAAACGAAGGUUAAAAAGAGUGCUGAUUUUAAAGUUAUUAUAUAUGGCGGUACCAGUGGGUCCAAAGUGAAUAGCUGGCGAGAACUCUUGAAAUAUGAAGUGGUCUUGGUCUCUUACCAAACUCUAGCUAGUGAGCUAAAAAAGCACUGGCCUUUGAGAUUAAGGCAAGAUGAUGAGGACUUCAAAUUACCAGAAGACGCGGAUAUAAAAGCAAUCAAUAAUCUCAAGGAGAAAGGGUCUGAAUAUUGGUCACCAUUUUUUUGCAACGAGUCACAGUUUUACCGCAUCAUAUUAGAUGAGGCUCAGAACAUCAAAAAUAAAAAUACCAAGGCGGCAAAGGGUUGCUGUGCCUUAGAGAGUGUCUACAGGUGGGCUUUGUCUGGUACACCAAUGCAAAACAGUAUCAUGGAAUUAUAUUCCUUGGUGCGGUUUCUGAGAAUCUCACCGUAUAAUAGAGAACACAAAUUUCGCGUUGACAUUGGUAAUCCACUGGGAAAAAGUGCGACGAAUUACGAUGAUUAUGAUAAAAAGCAGGCAAUGAAAAAGGUGCAGGUGUUAUUGCGGGCAAUUAUGCUUCGUAGGACAAAAGAUUCAGAAAUUGAUGGCAAGCCAAUUUUGGAGCUACCUGACAAAAAUAUUCAUAAUGAAGAGAAUGUCUUGGUUGGAGAAGAAUCCAAAUUUUAUAAAGAGCUUGAGAGUGCGAAUCAGAAAAAAGCGGAGAAACUUUUAUCUCGCAGUGCGAAGGGCAGUUAUUCUAGCAUUUUAACCUUACUGCUUCGUCUACGUCAGGCUUGUUGCCAUCCUGAAUUGGUUGUUAUCGGGGAAAACAAGAGUGAGAAUUCCAAGGUUGUAAAUGGUAAGAAUUUCGAAAGAGAUUGGCUAAGGCUCUUUGAAGUAGCCCGGAGCAUCUCGAAUAUGGGUAAAGAUACAAUUUCAGAUGGGUUAGAAAAUAUGAUGUGUCCAUAUUGCAUGGAACAGAUGGAACUGGAAAGCACAAUGAUUCUAACACCAUGUGGUCAUAUGCUGUGUGAAGGUUGUCUUGAAUCCUUCUUAGAUGAUGCUCGUUUCGAGCCAGGAGCAAGGAAAGCUGCUGGGGGUGGUCAUAUCGUUGCUUGUCUUGUAUGUAAAAGGGAUGUGAACGAUAACGAUGUUAUAACUUACAAACUUUAUGAUCAGGUUGUAAACCAACAUUUCACUGAAAGAGACUUGCACGAUGAGUAUAAGCACGAGAUGGCAGCUCAAAAGGAUCGCCUGAAAAACGGUUACCAUACCGAUCUUCAAAGCUUAUAUCCCUCACAAAAGAUAUCAAAAUGUUUGGAAAUAAUAAGAAACAUCUACGAAAAGACUGAUGAUGAGAAGGUAAUCAUCUUCUCACAAUUCACUACAUUUUUCGAUCUAUUGCAACAUUUCAUCAAGAAAGAAUUACGUAUACCGUUCUUAAGAUACGAUGGAUCAAUGGAUUCGAAGGCCAGAGCAGUCACAGUGGAAGAUUUUUAUCGUGAUAAGGCAAAGAGAGUGCUUUUAAUUUCAAUGAAAGCUGGUAACGCAGGUUUGACGUUAACCUGUGCCAAUCAUGUGGUACUUGUCGAUCCCUUUUGGAAUCCAUUUGUUGAGGACCAAGCUAUGGAUAGAUGCUACAGGAUUAGUCAAACAAGAGAGGUUCAAGUUUAUAGGCUGCUUGUAAAAAAUUCCGUGGAAGACAGAAUCCUUGAGUUGCAGAAAAAGAAGAGAGAAUUGGUUGAUAGUGCGAUGGAUCCUACUAAAAUUAGGGAAGUCAACCGCCUUGGUCGUCACGAGCUAGGAUUCUUGUUUGGUUUGAAUUCUUUGGGCAUUGCAUCUGAUUCGUGA